AUGCCGGGCAAGCGCUCUGCUCUUCCGGGGAGACCGAUGUCGCUCUGCGCCCAACCCAUGCGGCGACUGUCGCAAGCUGGAGCCAGGUCCUUGGGCCAGAUCUUGCAGCAGAUCUUAGCUCUUGGACAGAGGGAAAUCCCAGGUGAGAGAUUUGGAAGGGAAAAUAUUUCAGCCUUCAGAUCGGAAACACCAGGCAAGAUCUCUCCAAAAAGACCUCCCAAUGACGACGUUCCUGAGCACCCAGAUCAAAGUAGUUCCUUCAGGAGUUUGGGGAAAGGGCCGCAGGCAAUUGUUACGGAGGGGACGGAAGGCAGAGAGAGCCACGAGGGCGUAAAAGUCAGGAAACGCAAAGGGGCCGUCGUCUACCGGCAGGCCCACAUGGGGGAGAAACCAAACAUCUGCAUUGAGUGUGGGAAAAGCUUUCUCCAGAGCUCAGAUCUCAUUAAUCAUCGGAGAAUUCACACGGGAGAGAAGCCCUUUACGUGCCCAGACUGUGGGAGGAGUUUCAGCAUGAGCUCAAACCUCCUUAGGCACCGGAGGACCCACACAGGGGAGAGACCCUAUAACUGCACUCAGUGCGGGAAAAAGUUUACUGAUAAAUCAACUCUGAUCCAACACCAGAGAACCCACACAGGAGAAAAGCCUUAUCAGUGCCUGGACUGCGGGAGGACCUUCAGCCGUAGCUCCCAUCAUAAAAGACACCUGAAGAGCCUGGCAGGAAAACAUCACGGCCAGCGUGGCCAUCUUGAGAACGCAGCCAGCAAGGCCUCCCCUGCCCUGAGAAAGGCGGGACAGGCCAAGAAGACUGUCCCCGUCAAGUUCCCAAACACAUGCGCAGAGUGUUGGCAGAGCUUCAGCCAAAACUCAGACCUGAUCAAGCACAUGCGCAUCCAUACCGGGGAGAAACCGUACGUUUGCGGCCACUGCGGCAAGUGCUUCAACGUCAGCUCCAACCUUAACCGGCACCAGAGAAUCCACACGGGGGAGAAGCCCUACGCCUGUUCUGACUGUGGGAAGAGCUUCACGGACAAGUCCACCCUCACCCAGCACCAUCGCACCCACACGGGAGAGAAACCUUACCGAUGCACUUACUGUGGGAAGCGUUUCAGCCACAGUUCUCACCACAAAAGGCACGAGAAAAUCCACAUGGGGGAGAACCCGGCCGUGUUCAUGCCCCUGCAGGCCUACCCCAAUCAAAUGUUCUCAAGCGCGCAGGUUUCUUGA